AUGAGUGAUCUCUUCAGAUGGGAGGACGGCGGUGGUCUGAAGCAUCAUUGUCCGAUCUGCCAAACACCGCUGUCGCAUGAGAAGUGCCGGACUCAAUGCCUGGGCGUGCAUGUCGAGUGGUGCAGACGCUACCACACCCUCUUCCGCAAGAACUGGAGCUCUCGAUGCAGCGCUUGCAAGACGACGGACGAGCAGCACGAGAAGCGGCACCGGGAGAUCGCCGAGUUGAUUGCCAAGAUUAACAAGCUGAAGGCAGAGGAGGAUGAGGCCGGCGCUGAGUCUUCGAGAUCCCGCACACUUCUUACUGCCAGUGCGCUGAAUAGUGUCGACGGGAUUUCGAAUGAAACAACACCAAGGACGACCAAGAAGGARAGGAAGAAGUUGAAGAAGGCGGCCAAGGCAAUGGGGAGGGACAAAGUUGUGACCUCGGCCGACAUCCUUUUCGUGGCCAAUACUCUCCAUCCCGAAGGCGAACAGAAGGACGAGGACAAGGACCUUGAGUUCGCAGAGCUAACGGAAGAUGAGGACAUCAAGAUGAACCUGAAGUUCAACAACAGUACUUGCAAUACCAAGACUGCACGAUAUGACUUCAUCAAGAAGGAUCGCGGCCUGGACCUCGAGGGAAGCAAGAUUCAUGUCGGGACUAUGUUGGCUACCUUCGAGGUGAACACCAAAGCCAAUGGACAGGAGGGAAAGCUGGUCGCCGAACUUACUGCCGCCAUCCGGAACGACUUGGUCCACUAUCACGAUGAGCUCCGGACGACCGCGAAGCUCCGCAGUGCAUUCUGGAGGUGGGCCAACGCCAGGGCGUACCGAGAACUGGUGGGAAAUGGCAAGGAUUGGGACGAUCACGCUCCCAGCAGCCAGGAGCGUACCGACUCGGUUGCAGACCAGCCCGCUCUCGAUAAUGCGGCCGCCAUAGAGUCGGACGAAGAAGCCAAGACGAAUCGCAACUAUAGCGUCGACUCCGGUAUGGAUGCUGCAUCGGCCAGCACAUCUCUCACCGUCCCGUCGGUUGUGGCAUCCCCGGUCGGAAAACCAAAAGUGAAGACUCUAUCUAUCGUCACGCCCAAAGCGGAAGAUACCGUUGACGAUGGAGGUUGGAAACAGGUUGGCAGCAAGGUACUGAAGGCUCCAGCGGUCGGCAAGCUCAAGAUGAUCAGGAAUGGUGGACUGCACCACUUUGCUCGAACUCCCAAGGGCACUUUUGGUGCGUUAGCGGACGGGUGGGGUGGGGCAUUUGACGAAGAUAGGAAGCCUCUCUAA